AUGGCAAAUAGACAAAGUUGGAUUCGAAAUAAUGACAAUUCUGAGGCCACAGAGAUGUUACAUCAAAGUAAUAUUAACUUUGAUGAUAUCGCAGAAGAACUUGGAGAAUUAGGUAGAUAUCAAAUAUUUAUUUAUAUUUUGAUAUGUUUACCGGUGUUAUUUGGAGCUGCCAACAGUCUAAGUUACGUAUUUACAGCGGGAAUUCCUGAAUACAGAUGUCUUAUACCAGAAUGCGAAACUGCUGAAUCAGCAAUAUACGAUGCACCAUGGGCAAAGUGGGCUAUACCUCACGGUUCCAGUGACAACCAGGUGAUAGGGGUUAAAAGUGACAUAUGCUCAAGAUACCAACCAAAAGAAAAUGCUAGUAAUUGUUCUCCAGACUCGUAUACAAAUACAAUCAUACAUUGUUCUGAAUGGGUGUUCAGCACUGUCGAAAGGACUAUAGUCAAUGACUGGAAUCUCACUUGUAUUGAGAAUCAAUGGAAAGUAUCAUUAGUUGGGUCAUCGCAUUUCACAGGAAUCAUUGUAGGAUCCUUUGUUAGCGGAGUGCUUGCAGAUCGUUAUGGUAGAAAAGGCGUAUUCGUUUGUUGCAUUUUCCUUAUGACCGCCGCGGGUGUACUGCAAAUUCUGUCUUCCGAUUAUUGGAUUUUCGUGUUUCUCAUUUUUCUGAAUUCUGUUGGAACUGCCGGAGUGUAUCCAUUAGCAUUCAUCAUAGGAGUUGAAAUGGUUGGUAAAAACAAAAGGGAAGUCACCGGAAUCGUAUUGAAUUAUUUCUAUGCUAUUGGAGAAGCAAUUAUUGCCCCAAUUGCAUAUUAUAUACGAGAUUGGACACAUCUCCAGUUGAUAGUUUCGGCCCCCGCUAUUAUAUUUAUGGUGUAUUAUUGGAUUAUACCGGAAUCGGUUAGAUGGCUUUUGGCAAAACGACGUAUGGAAAAAGCUAAACAAAUUAUACUAAAAGUCGCUAAAUAUAAUAAGGUCACUCUUUCUGAGAAUACUAUGGAGUGCUUAAAACAAUCAAUUACAUUAACGGAGGGAAACGAACCAGAUAAGUCAACUAAAAUAUACCCAGUAGUGAAAGACAUGCUAUUAUCGAAAAAAAUGAUAAUUCGUUUCUUAAUAGUUUAUUUCAUAUGGGUCGUUAACGCCUUCAUCUUUUAUGGUCUUUCAAUAAAUUCUACAAGCUUGGGCGGUAAUAAAUACAUAAAUUUCGCCUUGGUUAGUCUCGUAGAAAUACCAGGAUAUACAAUAGCUUGGGUGAGCAUAAAAAAACUGGGAAGAAGGAUCUCGCUUGUAGGUUCUCUUUUACUCUGUGGUGUUACAUGCACUUUAACUAUUUUUGUGCAGAGUACCAACUUCGAAUGGGCCGUUAUUUUGUUAUUUUUGACUGGAAAAUUUGGAAUAACGGCAGCUUUUGGCAUCUCGUAUGUAUACACAGCUGAAAUGCUACCUACGGUUAUUAGAAGUGGAGGAGUAGGAUCUGCGUCAACUGUUUCGAGAUUUGGAGCUCUUCUAGCACCGUUUGUACCUUUAUUGGGUUUAUAUUUUGAUCCUCUACCGAUGAUUGUUUUUGGAGUUGCUGGAAUAACUGCUGGUUUAAUGGCACUCAAAUUACCUGAAACGUUUGGUUUAAAAUUACCUGAAACAUCUGAAGAGGCUAAACUGUUGUAACUCAGAAUCUUAUUGAUAAAUAUUUACUGUCAAGUAGCGUCACCUAGUGCUCAACUUUUAUUGAUACAGAAAUCCAUACCUUAUAUAAUGUAACACCUCACUUUAUCAAAACAAAUAGGCAUUGCAAACUAAAAAUUACAAUUUGAAAAUCUAGCACUAAAUAUUGUUAAAAACAACUGAAAUCAGAAAAGUCAUGGUGUGCUUAUUACUUUUAACAAAAGAUGACAAAAGCUUCUUCUUUUCUUUUCUUUUUCUUCGUUUAAGGGUGUGCUACCAAAAGUGACAGUUCUGGUAGCACAUCUUUAAGUAAGAAUGUUGUUUACACCAUAAUCACUUGACAUUGAUUCACUAUAUUUAGAACUAUUGAUUGAUUUUUUAACACUAGGUACAUUAUUUGACAUUGACCUCUAAACGUCAUAUUAGCCGAUUCAAAACGAGUAUUUAAGUUACACCAGGUUAGGAUUAUGAUGUAAAUAGAAAUCUAGGAUUUGUAUAAAACUCCUAGAGAAUAUAUACAGUUCCGAAGCUAUUUAGGAAAUUUCCCUCAAUGUCCACUUGCCCUGCUACAGCCUUAGAGGCGCUACUGAACUUGCCUCCUCUUCACUUCAUAGUGAAGAAAGAGGUUUAUAGCGACGCACACAGGCUAAUCCAAACAAAACUAAAGACAGGAAAUCUGAUAGGUCACCUAAGAAUUCUAGAGUUGAUGAAACUAGAAAGCCGUGAUAAAACCAAUGGAACAAAAACAUAGCACGUUGGACAAAGAUACCCCACUCGAAGUAAUUAACGACCGCCAAUCAUGGAUCAAUAAAAAUCCUCUGCAAGCCGAAAUAUAUCCCUCUGGUACACAAGGUGCUCGAAACUAGAUGGAUUGGGCAGUUUUUAACCAAAAUACCAGCUCUAGCUGUAGUUGCUAGCAAUAAACAAAUACACUCAGGAUAGAAACAUCUCUAAAAAGCACAAUUACAUUCUCUCAAAUAGCCAAGCGGCUUUGCUUAUGCGUGCACAUCUAAACUAGUGUGGGAGUGUAAACAAGCUCUAAAAACACUAGCUAACAAAAAAGAACAUAACCCUAAUGCGAUUUCCAGCCAACCGGUUAUAUCCGGAAAUGAGGAAUCAAUCUUGCCAAAAAUGGGGCAACGACUCAAUACCUUGGACCAACUGUGGCCUCACGAGAUGCCACAUCAAUAACGAAUUGAACGAAUGGCUAAAGAAUGAGAUGGAGUCUUACUGGAGUAACAUUCCAGACCUAAGACAAUCCAAAAGAUUAAUGCCCAUAUCAGCCGAGUCGUCUGAAGAACUUCUCGUGAUGACCAAAAACGACAUGA